AUGGUCAGACUCUUCUCCCUCAUUGCCCUCCUGGGAGCUAUUACCAGCAGUGUAUCCGCUCGAUUCGUCUGCCCGGGUAGCAGGACGACCGAUACCGGGAAGGGUAUGGCGGCCUUCCGGUUUGUCGAGGCUUCCUAUAUGCUCACUGGCGGCUUUGAAAGGAUGUUCCAAUGCACCGAUGAAUGCUGGAACAGAGGUCCUGGUGGGUGGCACAACUCGGAACGUGAUUUCGGGAUCGAAAGCUCUGACGUCGCACAUCUGCCACCGGAAGACUGUGCCGGGGUAAUCUUUCACGGAAAGACGCAAUCGUGUCAGAUCCUCAAGGCUGGCCACGGGAUCAAGUUGAACAUGCUUUAUCCUAGUCCAGACACUCCCGAGGGAGGUCACAUGGCGGUAGCGAUGAAGGCCGAAAAGGGAAGCGACUGGCAGGGGGCUUGCGAUUCGAAAAAUGCCAAGACGGUUCCGUUCAGUGCGCCUCCUAUCGAGGGUUGUUGCGACAUCUGGUACUUGUAG